AUGUCUAAACAUAAAUGUAGCAUUAUAGUUUCACAAACACAACAACUCUUGCUACCCCAACAAGAACUCGACUCUGCUAUCUAUCUCAUAAGACAAUAUGGAUUAUCGACACCACAGGACCAAUCAUUAUGCAAUGACACUCUAAACUUUGUAUGCGGAGAUAGUACGCCUGAUGGAUUCAACCAUAUCAUUCAAGUUAAAAUCAUAAGUUCUAAUUAUUUAAAUGUUGGAGUACCAGAUGAUACAAUGACUGAUCUCUAUUUCCCAAGGAUUAAAGUUUUCAAUAUAAAUGUGGGAGCCACUACUACAGUCGCAAACACAUCAAUGGGCAUUGUAGGGAUGAUCAAACAAUUGAAAACUCUAUCUUUGAUCAAUAUUGUCAAUGAUCCUACAUGUGCCUCUCUGCCUGACAACUUUACCUACUUUCCACAGUUGGUGGAGGUCGUAUUAUCGUGUCCCAAUUUAGUAUCGAUUCCUUACAACUUUUUAAACAACUCUGUCCAACUCCGAGCGCUUACCAUUUCCAUGCCAAUUCAGUCCAUUUCAAUUGAUGAUACACUUUACUUUCCAAGUCUAGAAACUCUCACAUUGGGCUUGAAUGGCAGCGUAGGAUCUAGUUUUAUCAACAUUACAUCAAAGUCUUAUCCAAAAUUAUCAUAUCUUAAUUUAAAGACAAUGCCAAACUCUGUCAAUACAAUUUAUCAUAAUAUAUGGAGUCAUUCAUUUGGUUAUACGUCAGUAUGUUGUGAAGGCUAUGAAACGCAUAUUUAUGGCCAAUGUAACCUGCUCAUUGGAUAUCCAGCUAUGAUCUCUGAAUUAACAUUAGUUGGACCUGAAUCAACUCUAUCACCCGUGCCUAGCUCAGAUUAUGCAUUAUUACAAUCAUUAACAAUGGACUCUAUGGCAUUGACACAAUUCCCAAUCACUGCUCCUUUCCCACCAUUAUUAUCGACUUUGUCUUUAAAAUACAAUCAUCUUACAUCCCUAUUACCAAUCCCACCAACUGUGACAAUAUUGGAUUUGCAAGGAAAUGAAUUUACCACAUUGGACGAAAACAUUUUAGCAAGUCAUCCUGGACUAGAUCUGAAUCUUCAAUACAAUACUCAAUUCGAUGGCCCCAUUACCGAUCUCUAUUGUGCGCACACUCUCAAUGUCAUUCACACUGGUGUAACCAGCUUGCCCGAUUGUUAUUGGUGUUACAUAAAUGUAACGGUCAUGCCUUUUAUUAGAACAAUAUUAACACCUCCCCCAAACUUUGUUUGCAAUGUUGUAAUUGACAAUGCUAAUAAUAUUAACCUAGGAUUUGGUGGUAGUUCAUUUGCCAAUUAUACCUUGACAAGAGUCAUUGCAAACAAACAAAUUGCUGCCAAGUUUAAUAGUUUACCUUUCGUACCGACCAAUGUUACAUUGAAACUAAACUCGUAUCCCAAUACUCCAGAGGCACAAAUCACACUUGUCGAGGGUGGAGUCACAAUCAAUCAGAUUUCAUACUCAACAUUCAACACUGGUCACGAGAUAGUAUUUACGGUUUCAGUAAACAUCAAUCCAUACUUUCAACAUGAAAUCAUUAUUGAUUCGGAAAGCUGCAACAAUGUCACCUACGAACCUAUAUCAAAGUAUUUGACUUGUACCAAGUCUGAACUUUCCCCAGGACCUCAAACUCUGACUGUUUCCAAUCCUUAUUACAACGAUUCAAUUGAAUUUGUAUUAAUACAAACCUAUCCAAUCAUAUCAUCCGCAAGUUAUGAUUUAAAUAAUCCCAAAUUGGUUAGUCUAUUUGGUUACUUUGGAACCUACGGACAAUCGAAUCUAUCAAUUACAAUUAAUAAUACUUUGGAUUGUAAGGUUGUAGAUAAAUCACAAUCAUUAAUCAAUUGUUUGUUGGACCAAGCACCAAAUUAUGGAUUAUCAUCUGUUCAAUUACAACUUGAUUCAUUGAAUACCAGUGCUUGGAAUAUACUAUAUCUGAGACCACCAUCUGACACAUCAGAUACACCACAACAACAAUGUCAAAAACAAACAUCAAAUUGUUAUGGUCAUGGUAUUUGUAAUAUAAAUGGUAUUUGUCAAUGUCAAGAUAAUUACAAUCCAACGGACAAUUGCCUUACAAAAUUUAUCACCCCUUCAAUUGGACCAAUUCACCCAAAUACAACGGAUCCAACGGUAUCACUUGAUGUUGAUGGAAUUGAUUUCCAAUUUGAAGUUGUAUCAAUUCAAGAGUUGGAUUCAAAUAGCAGUAUUGUCAAAGAAUUGUUUAUUUCAAAUUAUGUUUGGAUUGUAAAUUUGAUGACAAAUAAUAUUACAACUGUCGUUGAUUAUCAAUUAAAUUCAACACUUUUGUCAUCAUCAUCCUCUUCAAGCAAUACCAACUCAACUUUAUUCGAAUCAGUCAGUGUAUUGUCAACGAUAUCAUUCUCGACACAAGCAAGAGAUAUUCAAUUUGGAGAUCAACAACUUCACAUCAAUGCCAAUUCGAUUAAACUAUCAGUCAAUAUUACAAAUUGGCAAUAUUCAUCAAAUUUAGCAACACUCAGAGUUGUAUUUAGAACAAUCAUCAAUAAUGAUCAAACAGUUGAAUAUGAUUGCAAUGAAAAACAGAUUGACCCACUGUCAUUUGAUUACCUCAGAGUCGUCAAAGAUGAUAUUCAAUUCAGCGGUCGAUUUAUUGAUGUUGCUCUUUCAGGUGAUCAACCAACCUAUUCGAAAAUACAACUCUUUUCAAUGACACAAUCAACCAAUAAUCAGAACCAAUCGAUUGCAUUGAUUGGUAUCGAUCUUUCUCAGUGUCAAUUGGGUAUACUCAAUCCUGAUUUAAAUGACAAGAGUGGAUGCUCCAAACCAACUGCUGGAGACAGUAAAUCAAACUCUUGGAAAAUUGCAGUUGGAGCAGCAGGUGGAGUUGUCGGAGCCGUCGUCAUUACAGCAGUAGCAACCAUCACUAUCAGAAAGGCAAAACUAAAGUCAACAACCAAGCAAGCAGCCAAUCCAAGUCCACAAUAA